GAGCGCUUGUUAAACUCUGAAUGAAGUUUCAGCGCAGCAGCGUGAGACAGGGACGAGUUCAUGUUGCAUCACUUUCAUUUAAUCCAACAAAUGUCACGCGAUGUUUUCAGAUGCGAAACUUGAAAGCAUUUUUACUCCUUAAUAGAGGCAUAGAUUCGGUUUAUUCUCUAUUAUAAAGUCACACGGAUGCGCUGUCGUUCAUCUCCAUGACGAGUAUCUACCGGGGAACUGAUCAAUAUAUUUCACCGGAGCGCGCGAUGUCGGCUGUGUUUGUCGUUAUGUGCUCUCUGUCGGUUCUGCGCGGCUCGGUUGCGACGGAUUUACAAGAGUUCAACUGCAGCCGGGUUAAAGACUCGUUUACUUCAAUGGGGUUCAGUGCUGCCGACGUGCCGACCAAGGAGAUAUCAGGAGAGGAUUUGCACACGUGCACGUCACAGAGAACGUGCUGCAACACAGGAAUGGUGGAGAACUUCAUGCAGAGGAGCACGCGAGACUUCGAGAAGCUCAUGGAGGACACGAGUGAAGACCUGAGGAACACCUUCAUGACCAGACAGAAAAGGUUUGAUGUUUUCUUCUUGGAGUUGCUGGAGAACACCGAGCAGUCUCUGAACGAGAUGUUUAUCCGUACAUACGGCAAACCGUACAUGCAGAAUGCUGAGGUCUUCCAGGCUCUUUUCAGCGAGUUGAAGCAAUACUACACAGGUGGUAACGUCAAUCUGGAUGAGAUGCUGAAUGACUUCUGGAGGCGUCUUCUGGAACGCAUGUUCCAGCUCCUCAACUCCCAGUAUCUCAUCACUGAAGAAUAUCUGGAAUGUAUCAGCAAGUACACGGAGCAACUGAAGCCCUUUGGAGACGUUCCCAAGAAGCUCAAGUCUCAGAUUACGCGAGCGUUCAUUGCAGCACGCACUUUCGUCCAUGGACUCGUGGUUGGACGUGAAGUAGCUAACAGGGUAUCCAAGGUUAUCUUGAGCUCUGCAUGCAUCGACAGCUUCACCAGAAUGCUCUUCUGCUCUUCCUGUCAAGAGCUGUUCACGCUGAAGCCCUGUAAGAACUACUGUCUCAAUGUUCUGAAGGGCUGUCUCACCAACCAGGCCCAUCUCGACCCAGAAUGGAGCAAAUACAUUGAUGCCAUGUUGCUGUUGACGGAGCGACUGGAAGGACCGGUCAACAUCGAAUCUGUCAUGGAGCCGAUAGAUGUGAAGAUAUCAGAGGCCAUCAUGUAUAUGCAGGAGAACAGCAUGCAACUCUCCCAUCAAGUUUUCCAAGGCUGUGGACAACCGAAGCCUUCUGGAAUGAGCAGGGCAGCCCGCGGCGUCCCUGACACAUUCAACGGCCGCUUUAGCCCAUACAGCCCCGAGGAACUUCCGACCACCUCGGCUGGCACUCGCCUCGACCGCCUGGUGAUUGACAUGAAGGAGAAGUUGAGGCAGUUCAGGAAGUUCUGGUCAUCACUCCCAGAAUCCAUAUGUCAGGAGGAACAUGUGGCAGCAGCAGACGGAGUUGAGGACGACUGCUGGAACGGCAUUUCCAAGGGCAGAUACGUCCCUGAGGUUCAUACAGAUGGACUGACCCAGCAAGUGAACAAUCCAGAGGUCAGGGUUGAUGUAACCAGACCGGACACUCUGAUUCGACAGCAGAUUAUGGCUCUAAGAGUCAUGACCAACAAACUGAAGAACGCCUAUGAUGGAAAGGACAUCUUCUUUCAGGAUUCAAAUGACGAGAGCAGUGGUUCGGGCAGUGGCAGCGGUUGCACUGAGACAAGCGUCACAGAAUCAAACUCCAUCGUCACAGAAACUCCGUUUCAGGAAGCAGAGACGGGUGAAGAAGCGUCAUCUUCUGCUUCGACCAUCCAACCUACCCUCCUACUGCUGCUCCUCACUGUUCUGGUCCUCAAAGACCACUGGAGAUAAAGUCUUCUGAGCUUCUCCGAGACUGAUGCUGUUUAUUAUGCCUUAUUUCUAACUGGACCACUGGCGACCAUCAGCGAUAAAAGAUCACUCAGCGGCAAUUUGAAUCAUCUCGUCUCAACGCAGCACGACGCUCUACUUUAAAAUUUCAGAUUCCUCUCUUUUUAAACCGUUUUACCACUACGCAUGUAGGAAGGCUAGGUUUGCAGAAUCCUGCAGGUUUUCAUCGCUCGAAAUCAUUUCGGUAGGAAAUUCAUAAACUGUGCCUGUCAUGAACAUUUGCACAGUUAGUCUUUAAUUUGCACUAGCAUCUAUGCAGUUUGUGGGAACGUUUCUAUAACUAUGUAGAAGUUGGAUGAUUGUAAAUAUAAUGACACCAUUCCAUGAAAAGAAACAUCGAUUUGUGGUAUUAUGAGCUGAUGUAUCUUUUGUUUUCUACCUAACUGGAUCGGAUGGUAAUAUGUAACACUUGUAUCAACAUCAGUGUUUCGGGGAAAGCAAACACUAUGGCAUCUUGGUCAUAACUCCCUCAUAUUAGCACAUUGUUGUCUAUAAGUGUUUAUAUAUUAACGUUUUUGCUUUUUGAUCCCUUAUGAAAGUCGUCCAUCUCAGUAUUGUGUUGUAUAUGUCAGUAGAGCACUUUUGAGAGCUUUUGUCUCAAUGGACUGAAUUAUUUCUCUGUAAUUAUAAGUGGUGUUAUAAUAUAUUUUUUACAUUUAGAAAGAUUUAAUGCUACCUAAUUGCUCAGUAAGCUCUUCUUUGCAGGUCCUGCCACGCUUGUUCCUUUUUUGUGCACGCACUUGAAGUGUAGAGUUUGUUUUCAUUAUUAGUCUUAUAAGCAUGUGCAUUUAAUUUCAUUUUGAUUAUUUACUGCUUUCCUCCAGAUUUUUAUAAGAAUGUAAUGUGAGCACUUUGAUAUUAAGAUGUGCAAUGUUUUUUGGUUUUUAUUAUUAAAGACACAAUGUUGAAUUUAACAGUACAUAGAAAUACUCAAAUGCUAAUGUUUGAACAUCCACUUACACUCCUCACCUACAGUAUAAAAGAACAAGUUUCAGAAUUAAAAUCAUUUUUAAAGUACAUAAAAAAUGCAUAAUUGAGAGAGAGAGAGAGAGAGAGAGAGAGAGAGAGAGAGAGGUUCAUAAAAUGAAAUAUAUUCAGACAUUUAGUUUGAGGUCAAUUGAACGAGGUCCCAAUUUAUUUUGUGCUGUUUCAUAUGGCACCAUUAUUUGCCAUCAGCACUUUCUGGCGUGCUGGUUUAUUUUAGUGUCAUCCGGAGCCCCGCCUCCAGAUUUAAAUGCUCUAAACAUCACCAAUGCAGGCAAACUGUGAUUGGUUGUUUUCACGUUUCACCCUUUUUUUCAUUUUUUUUAGGAAAACACAGAUAAAUCAGUCUUGAGAGAUUAUUUAACAAUUAAA